GAAUUUAUUUACAAAUGGCGACUGUUCUUUGGAAUUGGUUAUAAAACAGUUUAAAUUAAUUAAGAAUUUUUAGAAAACUCUAAUAAUGGCUGGUAAUACAGAGGAAUUUCAAGAAUCACAGUUAAAAAAGUCCGCAGAAAAGUUAACAGAGGAGAUACAGAAUAUGACGAACUAUAAAAGUCUUUACACUGAAAUACAGAAACUUGUAGCCUCUACAGUAGUAAAACGAAAAGAUUUCAAAAGUACAUUGUUAGACGCGUUAAAAAACAAUGGUUUAGAAACAGAAAUAAGAAAUACCGUGUUUCAUUGGGCAAGAUCACAGGGUUCUUUAACUACAUCCACAUCAUCUACGGAGGAAGUUGAUUUGAGUUAUUUGAAAAAAGCUCAAAUACAAUGGGAGCGCAGGAUCCAAAAAUCACUGAAUUCGACGUGCAACGAAUUAAACGUACCCCUAGCUCGUAUAAGACCGAGCAUUGAUCGAGAAGAACUCACCGAAAAGUGGAACGAAUUAAGCACCUUCGAUAUCGAUUUGUCACAAUAUAGACCUCUCUAUGCACCAAAGGACUUCCUGGAUGUGCUACUUGCUAUAAGAAAUCCUUCUUUCAAGAAACAACCAGAUGAAUUAAAUUGGGAAUUCAGUCAUAUACAAAUUCGUGUAAAAACACUCACGCAAUUGAGGCGUUUUUACGUAGAACUGGCUACUGGAAUGCCACUGCUAGGAGUUAAUCCCGACAUGCCAAGCUCGGAGAAUUUUGCAAAUCUAGAGGAGGAAAGGAUCCAUCUUGGUGAAAAAGUAUUAAGAUCCAAUCAUGCACCGAUUGCGCAAGAAUUUUUGAAGCGUGGAGCGCCCAGAGGGCUGCGAGGACGUCUUUGGUCCCUGGUAUUAGGAUCAGCAGUAAAAGAGAAUGACGCAGAAUACUAUGAAGAAUUAAAGAACAUGGUGCUGCAGUAUGAUAUUGUCAUAGAUAAAUUAAUAAUAAAGGAUGUACAAUUAACGGCACGGAACGACGAUCAAUAUUUUGUAUUUGAAGAUGUUUUAUACAAAACAAUGUUAUGCUUUUCUCGUGAUUCAGAAGUAUUAGCGCCAGUUACCACAGACAAAAGUGCGGGUGGUCAAGUAAUACACGCGGUAUUACAAGGGAAACCAGCGACAUUGGAGAACACUCUUGUAUUCCCUCCAAGUGGUGUGAUUCCAUUUCAUGGUUUCGCAAUGUAUGCCACUCCUUUUUGUUAUCUAUACGACGACUGCUGCGCCACCUAUUAUACGUUUCGCGCCUUUUAUUUGAGAUAUUGGUUCCGAUUACACACUGUAUCUAGUCAUGAACAAGGUAUUGUAGCAUUGUGUUUGCUUUUUGAAAGAUUGCUACAAUGCCACGAACCUCUGCUCUGGAUUCAUUUCAGAAACAUUCAUAUACAGCCGGUGAAAGUUGUUUUUAAGUGGAUCAUGAGAGGCUUCAGUGGACAUUUACCACCUGAACAAUUGCUCUAUCUUUGGGAUUUAAUUUUGGGUUAUGAUUCUUUGGAAAUAAUCCCUCUACUCGCAGUUACCAUUUUAAGCUUUCGGAAAGAAAAUUUAAUACAAGUCAACAAUCAACAAAGUGUCGAGGCGAUCUUAGCAGAUUUAUCUUCUUUAAAAGUUAUACCACUAUUGCAAUUGGCUUUGCUAAGAGAGUAAUGUGAAAUUAACAUUAUACUCUAUAUUUUGAAUUUAAAUUCAAGGGAUUAUAGUACUAUACGUUUUGCGUCUGCGCACAGUGCUACCCAUCGCUGCACAAAUCUGUUUACUGUUCGUAGAAAGUUUGGAUGAAGAAACCGGUACCAAUAUAUUCUUUACAAUGGUAAAAGAUAUUUAAUUUGGAAACUAUGUACUAUUUUAACAUUAUAACACUAAAAUAAUGGCUAGAAUGAAGACCAACAUUGCCUGUACUUGCAGCUGAUUUCGGAACGUAACUACACAUGUAUAGGGUGUUUUAAAAAUACGAAUAUGCAUAUAAUGUUCUAUAGAAAACACUAUUUAAUAAGAGUAUUCGACGUGCACGAUAACUAUUUCUAUAAAGAGCAAAAUUUGUAAUCUUUCAAUACAAUAAUUAUAAUUGUACUUUAUGAUCCAAGUAUAGUAAUCCUUCAGAGGGAAAACAA